AUGCUGAGUAUGAACCGCACCAUUCCCCACAUGCUUCUUCGUCGUCAUCAUCUUCAACCUCUCACCUCCAUGAAACAAGUCGAAGCAGCUCAAGCCUUCCUCACCAAAACCGGCCUCUUCUUCACCCAGCAGCCUCUCCUCGCCAAGCUCAUCGCUUUCGCAUCUCUCUCGCCGCUGGGCUGCCUCUCCCACGCUCAGUCCUUGUUCGAAGAAACCGCCAUGGAUGAUCCUUUCAUCUGUGGCACCAUGAUCAGAGCCUACACCAACAGCGAUUUCCCAAUCAGAGGGAUUCAUGUCUACAAUCGUCUGAUCAUUACCGGAGUUGGGUGUGAUCAUUUCACAUACAACUUUGCGCUGAAGGCUUGCGCGAGAGUGAUCAAAGGCAUGAGGAGAGAUGAUGUGGAGGUUUUCGAAUCGGGGAUUGAUUGUAAAGGUGGGGAGAUUCAUGGAAGGGUUUUGAAGCUGGGGUUUGAUUCUGAUUUGUAUGUUCGGAAUUCGUUGCUGUUUGUUUACGCGCAAGGUGGGUCGGUGGGACUUGCGCGGAAGGUGUUCGAUGAAAUGUCUGAGAGGAGCGUGUCGUCUUGGAAUAUCAUGAUAUCUGCGUAUGAUCAGAUUGGGGAUUUCAAGUCGGCGGAUGGGCUGUUGCGGUUGAUGCCUGAGAAGAAUGUGGUGUCGUGGAAUACUUUGUUGGGGCGGCAUGUUAGGUUAGGGGACAUUGAGGCGGCGAAGAUGGUGUUUGGAGAGAUGGUGGAGAGGGAUGCGGUUUCGUGGAAUUCGAUGAUUGCUGGUUAUGUUCAGGUUAGAGAUUAUGGUGGAGCGUUGGAGCUGUUUCGGGAAAUGCAGGCUGCUGAAGUGGAAGCUAAUGAAGUGACGCUGAUAUCGGUUUUGGGUGCUUGUGCUGAGAUUGGUGAGUUGGAGAUUGGCAGGAAGAUUCAUGAGUCGUUGAAAGGAAAGCAGAAUCGGAUUGGAGGGUAUUUGGGGACAGCGCUUGUGGAUAUGUAUUCGAAAUGUGGGAAGUUGAGUUCGGCUUGGGAAGUUUUUAGUGGGAUGAAAAUGAGACCGGUUGGUUGCUGGAAUGCCAUGAUCAUGGGUUUCGCUGUCCAUGGUCACUGCAAGGAAGCUUUGAAGUUGUUUGCAGAUAUGGAAAUGCAGGUUGGUGAAGUGAAGCCGAAUAGGAUCACGUUUGUUGGGGUGCUCAUUGCUUGUAGCCACAAGGGUUUGGUGGAAGAAGGACGCCGGUAUUUCAGUUACAUGAUUCAAAAAUACAAAAUUAUGCCUGAUAUUAAGCAUUAUGGUUGCAUGGUCGAUCUUCUUAGCAGGUGGGGGUUGUUAGAUGAAGCCUACCAGAUGAUCAAAGCUGUGCCUUCAAUGGCAAACUCUUUGUUAUGGAGAACCUUGUUGGGUGCUUGUAAGGUACAUGGAAACGUUGAAUUGGCUGAGCAAUGCUUUGAGCAGCUAGCCAAAUUGGAACCUCUUAAGGAUGCAGAUUAUGUGUUGUUGUCAAACAUCUACGCUGAAGCCAAGAAAUGGGAUGGUGUUCAGCGGUUGAGGAAUGAGAUGGUUUGUAAGGGAGUUCCCAAAAGUCUCGGCUUCAGCCAUGUAGAGAUGAAAUAAAAGAUGUGCGGUGCAAG